GCAACAUUGCCUGGCAUGUCUUGCAAUGAGAAUGGGGUUAGCGUUACGAUAUGGAAUAGCAUGAAUACAAUAAUGAGGGAGUCCGUGUACAGCACUUUAAAAUGAAAGUGAAUGUGAUCUCUAAAGCAAACGGGAUAUUGUUUGAAGAGAUUCCUUUGGGUAUGAUGUUGAUGGAUGUCACGCAAGGAAGCUGAGUUGAGCUGAAAAAUCGAAAGUGAAACUAUCAGAGAUACACUGUCAAAACAUUGGAGGUAGAACGGGUAGGUUAAUUACCUGAAAAAGGUAGAAACAAUGUAAAAAUAUUUUUGCAACGUAUCCACAGCCAGUCAGUUGCACAACAUUGGGAUCUAUAAGGCAUAGAUUUUUGUUUUUCUACAGCGGUAACUAUACACAGAGCCAUGCCAGCGAAGCUGGUGCAGUUCACCGGUUGGGAGGCUGUGGUUGAGAAGCAGAUUGUCCUGAAACCUGGCCAGGCACCACGGGGCAGACAAGGCUACACCAUGUACCAUGGCACCCACCGUGACAGCGCUCGAGCCAUCAUCACAGGGGGGUUCCGGCCCUCGGCGGGGGGCACGUUGGGCCCGGGGGUCUACUGCAGUCGGGACAUAGCCAAGGCGAAGGGUUACCCCGGUGGGUGCCCCACUGGAGAACAUGUGGUAUUGCAGCUGAAGGUCCGGGUGGGCCGCGUGAAGAAGAUGGAUAGGCAGAAUGUAGCAAUGUGGUGCUCGUGGCAACAGAGCGGAUACGAUACAGCCUGGCUGUCCUCCACCGUCAUUGGGCAUGAGGAGGACUGCGUUAAAGAUCCAAAGCGGGUGGCGGUUAACGGCAUCGCGCACUGUGGUGACCCGGCCACGAAGCAAGCCCUCGAGAAGCUCAUCAGUCAGCAGAGACAUGGGGUGGAAUCAAGUGGGAGGGUUGUGGGCGGGUGUAAGGAGUGCAAGAUGCAGACACCGAUUGGCCACUCUCUGGAGGUGUGUUGGGGGUGUGGUGCCACUGUAUGCCCUUUUAUGGACAAACACGUCUGCAAAAGGAGCAGUUGAAAGUGACAGCUUCAAAAUACUGGAUACUAUACGAUGAUGACAUUAUUUGUUCAUUCGACAAUAAAAAAAGUUUGUGUGAAAAUACAUUAA